CAGCGGCGGCCGCAGCGGGCGGGCGCACUCGGGCCGAGCCAUGCUGGCCGCGCGCGUGGAGUACGUCGCGCCCUGGUGGGUGGCGUGGCUGCACAGCGUCCCCCACCUGGGCCUGCGCCUGCAGCCGGUGGACAGCACGUUCAACCCCCGCGAUGAGAGUUACCGGGAGUCGCUGAUGUUCCUGGGGCUGCUGGCCGCCGUCUGCCUGGGCCUGAACCUCAUCUUCCUCGCGGCGUACGUGGUCUGUGCAUGCUGCUGCAGGCGGGAUGAGGCCGUUCAGACCAAGCGGCACAACUCCUGCUGUGUCACCUGGACGGCGGUGGUGGCCGGCCUCAUCUGCUGUGCUGCGGUGGGCGUUGGUUUCUAUGGAAACAGCGAGACCGGUGACGGGGUGUACCAGCUGAUCUACGCCUUGGACAACGCAAACCAUACCUUCUCGGGGAUAGAUGUGCUGGUAUCCGGAACCACCCAGAAGAUGAAGGUGGACCUAGAGCAGCACCUAGCUCGGCUCAGUGAGAUCCUGGCUGCCCGGAGCGAUUAUAUCCAGACGCUGAACUUCAUGCAGCAGAUGGCGGGCAAUGUCAUUGUCCAGCUGUCAGGGCUGCCUGCGUGGAGAGAGGUCACCGCGGUGCUGACCGAGGUGGCCGACCAGACCACCUACGUAGAGUACUACAGAUGGCUUUCCUACCUCCUACUCUUCAUCCUGGACCUGCUCAUCUGCCUUGUCACCUGCCUGGGACUGGCCAGGCGCUCCAGGGGACUCCUGGCCUCGAUGCUGUGCUGCGGGGUACUGGCUGUGUUCCUCAGCUGGACGUCCCUGGCGGCCGACACGGCUGCAGCAGUGAGCACCAGUGACUUCUGCUCGGCUCCCGACACCUUCAUCCUGAACGUCACAGAGGACCACAUCCGCACAGAGGUGACCCGUUACUACCUCUAUUGCAGUCAGAGCGUAAGCAGCCCCUUCCAGCAGGCCCUGACCGUCUUCCAGCGCUCGCUCACCACCAUGCAGAUCCAGGUGGCCGGUCUGCUGCAGUUUGCCGUCCCCCUGUUCCCCACGGCAGAGAAAGACCUGCUCGGAAUCCAGCUCCUGUUGAACUCAUCGGAGUCUGGCCUUCACCAGCUGACAGCCAUGCUGGAUUGCCGGGGGCUGCACAAGGACUACCUGGACGCCCUUGCUGGCAUCUGCUACGACGGCAUCGAGGGCUUGCUCUACCUCGGCCUCUUCUCCCUCCUGGCCGCCCUGGCCUUCUCCACCAUGAUCUGCACGGGGCCGCGGGCCUGGAAGCACUUUACCACCAGGGACAGGGACUAUGAUGACAUUGACGGUGACGACCCUUUCAACCCCCAGGCCCGACGCAUCGCCACUCACAACCCCCCUCGGGGGCAGCUUCGAAGCUUCUGCAGCUACAGCAGCGGCCUGGGCAGCCAGACCAGCCUGCAGCCCCCGGCACAGACCAUCUCCAACGCCCCAGUCUCGGAGUACAUGAACCAGGCCAUGCUCUUUGGCGGUAACCCACGCUACGAGAACGUUCCACUCAUCGGAAGAGGCUCCCCUCCUCCCACGUAUUCCCCCAGCAUGAGGGCCACCUACCUGUCCGUGGCAGAUGAGCACCUGAGGCACUACGGGAACGAGUUUCCAGCCUAACACACAUUCUGCACAGGUUCCUGCCUCCUUGAUCUGUUUUGGUUUUUAAUUGAUGGCAGCGCAAGCCAUUUCUUCGAUAGAAACCAAAGGCGUCUGGAGACUGGACGCAGGACCACGGGAUUGGCAGGCCCCUGAGGCUGCAGAGGGGCAGCAGCGAUUCGGGGAGGGUCAGCCUGGGCUCGGCUGCGAUGCCUGGGCCUUUGAAGACCCGUGACUUGGGCCAGCCCCUCCUUCCUCUGGCCUCCUGUCCACACCGGAAACGCCCGCAGGUGUUUGGCUGAGUCCAAGCAUGGAGCCUGGUCCUGCUCACCCCCACAUCCCCCCCGCGCCAGGUGGGGAGUGGCCGUAAGGAGGGUCAGGCGUCACCACCUGAGUGCUGUGUGUUCUCCUAGGUCUCAUUGCCAGGACCGUGCCUCCUGCUAACACGGCCGGAAGUCCGGGUGACCACCCCGAGUCCCUCUGCCCUCUCGGCUGUGUGGCUGAUGGGCAGCAUUUUCCUGCGGGUAAAAGUGGAAGAGCUGAUCAGGAGAUGCCUUUAGGGGAGGCGAUGUCUCUGAUGAGACAAGACACUGUCCAAAUCAGUCCCCCGGAGCCACCAGACGGACUCUCCCUGGACCACAGAGGGAAGGUGUUGGAGAGGCUGUGUGGUGGGUGGUCCCAGGACUGGGGGCCACAGCUUCACCCCUGGUCAGCUUCCAUGGUGAGAGCUGGUGCGAGUGUGGGUUAACGGCAGCCACACUCUGCCCCUCCCUUGUCCCUCCCUUCCAGAAGCGAUGCUGUGAGUUUGUUCCCUGCAGAUAGGGACAGUCUCAGGUAUUAAUAGACACUUUGAAAGCGACAUUAACUCUUUUUUUUCCCCCAGUGUUUUAAAUAUUUUCAUUAUCCAAAGAAUUGAAGCUCAUAGCACAUCCGGUUUUUACAAUAGACUUGGGACUCAUUCCUUACUCCUGGCUCCAGUUCUUUAAGCAUCUGGAGAGAGGCACGGAGGGAGGGAGGGUUUUUAAACAAAGUACAGAUCAGUGAGACGUGCUGUCCCAAGCUGCUGCUUCAUGGGGAUGUAGGUUCAAUCCCACUCACGGAGGAGGCCCUUUAAGACAGGAAGGAAGUGAAGGGAGACAGCUGAACAGAGUCCCCUGUUCCGGGGAAUGCCCCUCACUUUUGUCUUCGAGCAAGUUCGUGGUAAAAGGUUUUAGCCAAAUGAGAUGAUUAUGUCUUGACCAGAGACAGGCCUCUUCUCUAAUCCCCGCCCCCCCCCCCCCCCCCCCCCCGCCAGCCUCGUACCCACCCCGUUGUCCUGGGCCCCUGAAGCUGUACCUGCUCGGUGAGAAGGAGCUUGUUGGCCAGGAGGAAAUGAUGACCCACCAUCCUGCCUGCUGAGGAUCCAGGGUUAGGGUCUCUGGUGCUUCUAAUCUCCUGUCAACUCAGAGUGCACAGCACUGAAGCCCCCACAGCCUUGCCCACCCAAAGCCAGGGACGUGGGGAGGCCUGGCUUGCAACAGGGGCUCCAUUUACAUUUGGAGAGAGCCACUUUCCCAUCCAAACACUCACAGCAGAGUGGCUCUCGGCGCCCAGCCCAAGCCUCUAGGACAGAACAGAGCCACAGGGCAGCAAGGACUUAGCUGCGUUAACCUAUACAUACCGUGUACCAUAAACGUAUCUGUGUAUAGCCACGUCGCAUGCAGUAGGAUCUCGGCGACGUCAAGAUGUAGCUUCUUAACAUUUUGUGGUUGACGACUAUUGAGUUGUUUUUAAUGCAUGUAAACUAAACUAGAAUCCUUCGGGUGGUUCCUGAAGGAGCCGGGUGGGCACACCUCUGCUUGAUACAUGUGCGCCCUCACCUGGGGAGAAAUAAACCACUUGUACUAAACUA